AUGAGUCCGCUUCGGCCGACUUCCAGUGCGCUCCUCAGACGCGAGGAUGAGAUCCAGAAGCCUACAGAUCCCGAUGGUCUCAUCCUUGAAGCGUGGGCUCAAGGAUUCAUGGUUGGAUCUCUGAUCAUCAUGGCUUUCAUCACCAUGGCGAAUAUGCGGAGGGGAGUCCUGCUCCACAAGCUUAUACUCGGCAUAUGGCAAGGCUUCUGGUUGUUCUUCCACAGGCCUGUUUACGCCUGGUGGCUGUCAGUUGGCGCCAUUCCCUUAAACGCAUCCUGGUCGCUACAUAACGUUGUAUCCUGGAUGAAGAUUAAACCUUUCCUCUCUCGGCCGGUUAGCUGGGCAUUCAUCGGGUCGAUAAUCUUGGUUCAGCCAUACUGGGUCGUGGAAAUCUACGCAAACUUUGCGUACUUUCAUAAGAAGAAUGAGCUCUUCAUACGGACUAGGCCUUGGGAAGCGUUGUGCCGAGAUCCGUGGUGGAUCUUCACUACUGUGGCGCUUGUUUGGAUUAUCAAAACGCAGUAUGACCUGACCCUGAAAGAGAUCAUACGGAUAUCGCCGCGGUUUGGCAUCAUGCUUCUAGCCAUGGUUAUCAGCGUCAUCUUCAUCAUCCUGGACAUUUGUUCCGUCACAUCCGCCUUCCAGUCGACGCUUCCCGUCGGGAUCAAUCCUUUCUGGAAACUCGCCUUCGUCUUCAAAUGUCUCACCGAUAUGGUCGUUCUGGACGACUUCAAGACCGCGCUGGACAGGCUUCGCGCCUUCAAGAUCAGCCGUAUAGGGAGCUUCUGUCAAGAUACUAGCGAUCGACGCACUUGGGACAACAGGCAUCUGGUCGAGGCAUGGGAAAGAGAAGCUUCCGAUCCUUACAGAGAUCCGUUGUCAAAUUCCUUUCCGAGCCCGGACCCUGCUGUGGUGGAUGAAACCAAUUUUCUGGGCUCAGGAGAUCACAGUUCCGGGAAACAAAGAACGCCGAGCGAGCAGGCCGGGAACCAAGCCUCGUCCUCGUCGCAAGGGCACAGCUCUAGGGAUCUUGGCGAGAUCAAUGGAGACCCCGAGAACAUCGUGUCGAGCGCAUUGUAUGGGCCUCCCCUGAAGCCGGUAGAUCCCGUCUUUUUAUCUCGACCGAAUGGUGAUCAUAACCAUGGUUGGCCAGCGACGCAGGACUCUGCUAGCGUCCGGGAUUACGCCAGAGCGAUAAGAGAGGUCGAAUUGGGGCCCUGGAGGACCCGUUGA